UCCUGCAGCUUCCUUAAGCUUGAUAAUCACUUCCGAAGGGUUACCUGUUUUGGAUGCUUUAAAAAUUAUCAUUCGUUCACUGCGUAAUUGCAGAGUUUUUGGCUACUAUGGUGGAAUUCAGAAACUUAUUGCAUUAAUGAAAGGUGCAGUUAUCCAGCUCAAAACAAUGACCGGUUCACUUUCUACUGAUGAGAAUAUUUCGAAUUUCAUAGCAGAGAAAACGGGUUUCUUACAGCGAGUACUUGUAUAUGUGGUGUCAAUCAUCUUUAGCUGUAUUAAUAUAGAUUCAAAUAUACUUGAGAAAGCUCAGAUGUACAGUAUUAAUGAAGAUUUUUAUGAAAUUGGUGCUUCAACUUCAACCCACUCUUCUAAUUGUUUAAAGGCUUCUCUUUUUGAAACAAGGCUUCAUUGGCAUCAGAACGCUAUUGUCUCAGUGGUGGAAGCUGGUGGCCUUGAUUGGUUCGUAGAUUUGAUGAGUGUCAUGAGAAGGUUGAGAAUGAAGGCACGGUGGAUAGAUACGUCACUGCAGUGCUUGACUUUGAGAAUCCUUUGUGUCGUGUUAUCUAAUAAUUCAAGUGGUCAAAAUCAUUUUAAAACCAUUGGGGGACUUGAAGUUCUAUUGGAUGAUCUUGCACUUCCAUCUAUCGAUACGCCACUUAUAAAACGUGCCUCAAAUGGUGACGGAAAAAGUGAGCAAAAUGCAUUGCUGGAAAUUUUUGAGCUCCAUGUUCUUUCUUUGGAAGUUCUUAGGGAAGCUGUCUUUGAGAAUGUGAAUAACCUGCAGUUCCUAUGUGAAGAUGGAAGUGUCCAUAAAUUUGCUAAUGGCUUUUGUUCACCUGCUUUCAUGCUUCAAGAGUACAAGCAGCAGGCGAAGGGUUCUGUACUGCAGCAGGAUGGCAGUCAGACAUCCAUUUCUUACUUUAAAAAUGAGGAUAAUGCUAUAAGUUCUUUGAUGGAGCCUUCCGUUCCUUUACCUAAGAUGGAAUCUUAUUCUCAGCUUUGGAAUGAUUAUUUUGUCAAGCUGAGCAGGGUUCUUUGUUCAUUCCUUUUUGCUCCAGAAGAUGUUAACUUUCAUUCUGACCAAACAACCUCUGGUCAGAUUCCCACAUUAGUUUCUUCAUUUUAUGAUGAACUUUCAAUUAAAUGGGUCAUUAAGGUUCUGCAUAUGGUUUUCCCCUCUAUCAAGGCUUGUUCAAAUAAAAAUGGGUUUCGAAGCCAUUUAUGGGUCUUCGUCAGUACCUUGCAGCAUUACGUUCUCAAGGCCUUCAGGAAGGUUCUUACCUCUUCUCCUGCAAUGCUCGAAGUGUUUCGCAAAGAGGGAAUAUGGGACCUUAUCUUCUCUGAGAACUUUUUCUAUUCCGGAUCUUCAGAAGAAGAACUUUCUGAAGAGUUUAGCACAUACGACGAGGGUUCUCUUGAAAAGUAUUAUGCUUGUCAGAGCAAUGUUGUUCAACUGAAGUAUAGUGGGGUUGAAACUAUUCAUAUGGAAGUGAUAACAUUUGUUGAGUCAGUGGCAACUUCUAAUGGGAGUGUCCAAAACUUGCCUGAACUAUCUGCUUUAUUAGAGGCCCUUGAACAAUGUACUUGUAAUCCUGAGAUUGCUGGUGUUCUUGCAAAAAGUUUGCUUCGAAUAUUACAACUAUCAGCAGAAAAAACGGUUGCUUCCUUCAAGACACUCAAUGCACUUUCCAGGGUUCUUAAAGUUGCUUGCAUUCUGGCCCAAGAAUCAAAACAGUCAGGCGACACUAUCCCCAUGAUUGGUAAUAAUUAUUUGGAAGGGGCACCAUCUCAUGGUUGCCAGAGUUCUGAUUCACGUGAGGCAUUCCGAAGUUGGACUGAAGGCAUAGAAACAUGCAUGGAGAUCUUUACGGAGUUUUUCUCGGUAGCAGAUGAUUCUAGGAGUUUAAUUUUGCAUGAUUCUACCUGCAUCGACUGUUUGUUCGAAUUAUUCUGGGAAGAAGACUAUAGAAAACGUGUUCUUAAAUACAUUCUUGACCUCAUGAAUGUUGUAACACUGUCCGAAGAAGAUCGUAAAGCAAUGCUGAAUGUAUGUUCAAAAUAUUUAGAAACCUUCACUCAUAUAAAGGAAAAGGAGAAAAGCUUCGUCGAAUUGUCUAUUAAUCUGUUGGUUGGAAUGAUAGAUGUAAUUCAGACUGAUGUUGUGCAUUACCAAGCUUUGUUUCGAGAUGGAGGAUGUUUUUUGCAUGUUGUCUCUUUACUGAAUGGCGAUCUUGAUCAAGAGGAAAAUGGAGAGAGGUUGGUUUUGGUUGUUUUACAAACUCUUACCUAUUUGCUUGCAAGGAAUGAUGCCUCCAAGGCAACUUUUAGAGCUCUUGCUGGCAAGGGUUAUCAGACAUUGCAAACUUUGCUGUUAGACGUGUGUCAAUGGCAUCCAAGUGAACAACUUUUGAAUGCACUUCUUGAUAUGUUAGUUGAUGGAAAGUUUGAUAUGAAAGAAAGUUCUCAUAUAAAGAAUGAAGAUGUGAUCUUACUAUAUUCAAGUGUUCUGCAGAAGAGCAGUGAAUCUUUGCGGCUUUAUGGUCUCGGUGUGUUUCAACAGCUGCUUAGAGAUUCCCUUUCGAAUCGAGCUUCGUGUGUCGUGGCCGGAAUGCUUAAUUUUCUUCUUGAUUGGUUUGUCCAAGAAGGCGAUGACAGUGUCAUUUUGAAAAUAGCUCAGCUGAUUCAGGUUAUUGGUGGCUAUAGCAUAUCUGGGAAGGAUAUUCGCAAGAUCUUUGCUCUCCUCCGAAGUGAGAAAGUUGGUACUCAACAACAAUACUGCUCAUUAUUGUUGACUACUGUUUUAUCAAUGCUAAAUGAGAAGGGACCGACUGCAUUCUUUGAUCUCAACGGAAAUGACUCUGGAAUCAUAAUUAAAACACCUGUGCAUUGGCCUCUGUACAAGGGUUUUUCUUUUACAUGUUGGCUUAGGGUGGAGAACUUCCCCAGGAAUGGAACAAUGGGACUUUUCAAGUUCCUCACCGAAAAUGGAAGAGGCUUCUUAGCAUCAGUAGCAGAAGACAAGCUUAUAUAUGAGUCUAUCAAUCUGAAACAUCAUUGUGUUCAUGCGCAUGUUAAUAUAGUCAGCAGGAAAUGGCACUUUCUUUGUAUUACUCAUACCAUUGGUAGAGCAUUUUCUGGGGGUAGCUUAUUUAGAUGUUAUCUUGAUGGCAAUCUUGUAUCCUCUGAAAGAUGCAGAUAUGCAAAAGUCAAUGAAGUAUUGACUAACUGCUCCAUUGGUACAAAACCCAUCUUACCUCAAAAUGAAGAUAUUACUCAGGACUCCAUCCAGGAUUUUUCCCCCUUUUUCGGUCAGAUUGGUCCACUUUAUUUGUUUGCUGAUGCCAUUUCCUCCGACCAAGUCAAGGCUGUACAUUCCCUUGGACCAAGCUACAUGUAUUCCUUCCUGGAUAAUGAAGCUACUGCUUUUGGUGGUAACCCUUUGCCUAGUGGAAUUCUUGAUGAGAAAGACGGUCUUGCAUCAAAAAUUGUGUUUGGACUCAAUGCACAGGCAAGUGAUGGCAAGAAAUUGUUUAAUGUUUCACCUGUAUUGGAUAAUGCAUUGGAUAAGAAUUUAUUCGAAGCAACUAUAAUGGUCGGUACGCAGUUAUGUUCCAGGCGCUUGUUCAAAGAGAUAAUUUACUGUGUUGGAGGUGUUUCUGUGUUUUUCCCUCUUAUAACUCAAUCCGAGAGAUAUGAAAAUGACGAAACUAAAGCUUUAGAAAGUACAACCCUCCCAGUUGCAAAGGAGCGUCUGACCGCUGAAGUUAUUGAUCUUGUUGCUUCUGUCUUUAAUGAGAAUUUAGCAAAUCAACAACAGAUGCAUCUUCUUUCUGGUUUUUCAAUACUGGGAUUUUUACUGCAAUCAGUUCCACCUCAGCAACUCAAUAUGGAAACUCUCUCAGCAUUGAAAAAUUUGUUUCUUGUUGUAUCCUCCUGUGGAUUGGCAGAGCUGCUUGUAAAAGAAGUCAUAGCUUCUAUUUUUCUUAAUCCCAUUACCUGGUUGUACACUGUUUUCAAGGUGCAGCGUGAACUAUACAUGUUUCUUAUAGAACAAUUUGAUAAUGAUCCUAGACUGCUUAAAAAUCUGUGCCGCUUUCCACGUAUUAUCGACAUAAUACAGCAAUGUUACUGGGAUGAAGUGAAAUCUGGGUUUGCCAUUGGAGGCCAACCUCUUUUACAUCCUAUUACUAAUCAAGUUAUUGGAGAAAGACCUAGAAGAGAAGAAAUACAUAAAAUCCGUCUUCUUUUAUUAAGUCUUGGUGAAAUGAGCCUCAGGCAAAAUAUUGCACCACCAGAUAUAAAGGCUCUUAUUGCCUUUUUUGAAACAAGCCAUGAUAUGGCAUGCAUUGAGGAUGUUUUACAUAUGGUUAUACGUGCAGUUUCUCAAAAAACAUUACUUGUCUCCUUCCUUGAACAAGUAAAUCUUAUAGGUGGAUGUCGCAUUUUUGUCAACCUGUUGCAGAGGGAAUAUGAGCCUAUUAGAUUGCUCAGCUUGCAGUUUCUGGGAAGACUUUUGGUUGGUUUUCCAUUAGAGAAAAAGGCGACAAGGUUUUUCAAUCUUCUUUUAGGAAGAACGAAACCUAUUUCAGAAAACAACAAGAAAUUCAGCUCAAGGUUGCAACCACUUUUCUCAGCUAUAUCUGAUAGACUGUUUAAGUUUCCACAGACGGAUAAUUUGUGUGCGACCUUUUUUGACGUUCUCCUAGGUGGUGCUAGCCCCAAACAGGUAUUACAAAAGACUAGUAUGAUAAAAAAGCUGAGGACGAGAGGAACAAAUUCUCACUUUUUGCUUCCUCAAAUGUUGGUUCUAAUUUUCAGAUUCCUAUCUGGCUGCAAAGAUGAAUCUGCAAGAAUAAAUAUAAUUAGUGAUCUACUUGAACUUCUCGAUUCAAAUUCAUUGAAUAUAGAAUCAUUAAUGGAAUAUGGUUGGAAUGCUUGGUUAACAGCUUCUGUGACACUUGACGUUGUAAAACACUAUAGGACUGAUUCAAGAUAUUAUGAUCACGAUGAGAAAAAUGAAAAAACUCUUGUGAUUAAGGUUUUUUCUAUUGUCCUUUGUCAUUACAUUCAACUUAUAAAAGGUGGCUGGCAACAAUUAGAGGGAACUGUGAAUUUUCUUCUUCUGCAUUGUGAGCAAGGUAGCACAUCAUGUCAACACUUACGUGACAUAUAUGACAACUUGAUUCAACGACUAGUAGAUUUAUCUUCCAAGGAGAAUAUUUUUAGUUCACAGCCUUGUCGUGACAACAUAUUGUACUUUCUGCGUUUGGUUGAUGAGAUGCUUAUCUCUGAAAUUGGCAAUAAACUUCUGUUUCCAUCUAUUAGUUCAGAUUCAUUUGUGGAUUCUUUAAUGGUAGAAGGCCUGAAGGAUUAUACAACUUUGUUAAAUGAGGUCUUGCGAGGAGAAUUUGAUGACAAAGUGUAUGGAAACCCAUUGGCUUCCAAGCAAUCAAUAACAAGUGAAGAUGACAUAACUAAUGAUAGGUGGUGGAACUUAUUUGACAAUUUAUGGAAUGUUAUUAGUGCGAUUAAUGGAAAGAGUCCGAGAAAAAUGGUGCCUAGAAGUACUGUAUCAGGUGGUCCAUCUUUGGGCCAAAGAGCACGCGACUUGGUAGAAUCUCUUAAUAUCCCUGCCACAGAAAUGGCUGCCGUUGUUAUUUCUGGAGGCUUUGGCAAUGCAUUGAGUGGAAGAACAAAUAAAAAUGUUGAUAAAGCUAUGGCUUUAAGGGGGGAAAGGUGUCCAAGAAUUGUGUUUCGACUAUUAAUUGUAUAUCUCUGCAAAUCUUCCCUAGAAAGAGCAUCACGAUGUGUCCAACGAUUCAUUUCACUUCUACCUUUCUUUUUGGGAAUUGAUGAUGAGCAAAGCAAAAAUAGACUACAACUCUUCAUCUGGUCUUUGCUUCUUGUACGAUCCCAGUAUGGAAAUUUGGACGAUGGUGCAAGAGUUCAUGUUAUAGCACAUGUGAUUCGAGAAACUGUAAACUAUGGAAAGUCAAUGCUUGUCACUUGCAUGGUCGGUAGGGAUGACUUAUUUGAGUCUAACAGUCAGUCAAGAGAAACAGGACAUUUCAACAAUUUAAUUCAGAAGGAUCGAGUGCUUUCUGCGGUUUCUGACGAAUCUAAGUAUAUUAAGAUGUUGGAAUCUGACCGUAGCAGACACUUGCAGGAGCUUCGUGCCAAAAUGAAUGAAAAUUCCUCUUCAGAAGUUUAUAACCAAAAGGCAUUUGAAGAUGAGAUAGAAAGUAGCUUACACACAAUUCUUGAUUCAGAUGAGAGUAGAAGGAAUGCGUUCUUGCUUGCACAUGAGGAGGAGCAGCAAAAUAUUGUUGAAAAAUGGAUGCACAUGUUUCGCACUUUAAUCGAUGAAAGGGGCCCUUGGUCUGCUAAUCCAUUUCCAAAUCAUGCUUUGAUACAUUGGAAACUUGACAAGACUGAAGAUACACAGAGACGUAGACCAAAGUUAAGGCGGAAUUAUCAUUUUGAUGAAAAGUUGUGUCAUCCUCCUUCCACUUCCCCCUGUAAUGAAGCUACUCUGCCAAGUAGUGAGAGCAAAGAAAGUUUUGUGGGGCAAAUUCCUGAGAAAAGGAAGUUUCUACUCAAAGGUGUACACAAGAUAACUGAUGAGGGCAACUCAGAACCUGGUGAGAGUGGUGUUGAAACAAGCAAGCAGUUGAUUAUUCCUGAUGCUCAUUCUGACAUUCACAGUGCAGAAUUAGUCAAACGCAAUAAUGAUCAUAUUGACAUUGUACCAGUCAGAAAAGAGUUUUCGUCACCUUCUCUAGAAACAGAAACUAGUGAGGUUCUUAUGUCACUUCCAUGUGUUCUUGUAACACCAAAAAGAAAAUUGGCAGGUCAAUUGGCAGUCAUGAAACAUGUCUUGCAUUUCUUUGGUAAAUUUUUGGUCGAAGGUACUGUAGGGUCUUCGGUUUUCAAGAACUUAAAUGCAUCAAGUCAUUCCCAAUUAGAAAAGGCCAAUCAAAAGGCAAAUUCUUUUAAGUGGUCCAUCAAUCAAGAUAUAUAUUCUAAGAAAUGGGCUUCUCCUGACAAUAUAGAUGAAGAAAAUUUGAAUAAGCAAUUACAAACGGUUAAGCGACAUCGAAGAUGGAAUAUUGGCAAGAUAAAAGCUGCUCAUUGGACUCGAUAUUUGCUUAGAUACACUGCAAUUGAGAUUUUCUUCAGUGAUUCAGUUGCUCCCAUAUUUAUAAAUUUUGCUUCACAAAAGAAUGCAAAAGAUAUUGGGACCCUGAUAGUUUCUACUAGAAAUGAGUUGUUGUUUCCAAGAGGAAGUAGUAGGGACAAGAGUGCCACUAUUUCAUUUGUUGAUAGACGUGUGGCAGUGGAAAUGGCAGAAACUGCUAGGGAGAGAUGGAAGAGAAGGGAUAUAACCAAUUUUGAGUAUUUGAUGAUUCUCAACACACUCUCGGGAAGAACCUAUAACGAUUUGAGUCAGUAUCCUGUCUUUCCUUGGAUUUUAGCGGAUUACUCAUCUGAGGUUCUUGAUUUUAAAAAGUCGGCAACUUUUCGAGAUCUUUCUAAGCCUGUUGGAGCUCUGGACUCAAAAAGGUUUGAGGUGUUUGAAGAAAGAUAUCGAAACUUUUGUGAUCCAGAUAUACCUAGUUUCUAUUAUGGGUCUCAUUACUCAAGCAUGGGGAUUGUGCUUUAUUACCUCCUUCGAAUGGAACCUUUCACAUCUCUUCACUGUAAUUUUCAGGGCGGUAAAUUUGACCAUGCAGAUCGUCUUUUUAGAAGCAUUGAAGAUACAUAUAAUAAUUGUCUUUCUAAUACAAGUGACGUGAAGGAGUUGAUUCCUGAGUUUUAUUACAUGCCUGAGUUUCUCAUUAAUUCAAACUCUUAUCAUCUUGGGGUGAAACAAGAUGGCGAACCCAUAAGUGAUGUUUCUCUCCCUCCCUGGGCUAAGGGUUCACCUGAAUUGUUCAUAACUAAAAACAGAGAAGCCCUAGAAAGUGAGUAUGUUAGCUCAAAUCUCCACCACUGGAUUGAUUUGGUGUUUGGUUACAAGCAGCGUGGUGAACCAGCAGUGGAGGCUGCAAAUAUCUUCUAUUAUUUAACUUACGAAGGUUCUGUAGAUCUCGACUCCAUGGGAGAUGAUCUACAGAGAUCAGCAAUUGAAGACCAGAUUGCAAAUUUUGGUCAGACACCAAUACAAAUUUUUCAUAAAAGUCACCCUAGAAGAGGGCCUCCAAUUCCAAUUGCUCAUCCUGUGUCUUUCGCACCCGAUUCUAUUAAUUUGACAUCUAUUCUUUCUUGUACGAGUUAUCCAACAUCAGCUGUUUUGUAUGUCGAAUUAAUGGACUCGAACAUUGUCAUUGUGAACCAAGGGCUUACUUUAUCUGUUAAGAUGUGGUUGACAACCCAACUUCAAUUCAGUGGAAAUUUCACCUUCUCAGGUUCUCAGGAUCUUUUCUUUGGAGUUGGUUCUGAUAUUCUUUCUCCUCGCAAAAUUGGGAGUCCUAUAGCAGAAAAUAUUGAACUUGGUGCACAAUGUUUUGCUACAAUGCAAACACCAUCGGGGACCUUUUUGAUUUCGUGCGGAAAUUGGGAAAACAGCUUCCAAGUCAUAUCUUUGAGUGAUGGAAGAAUUGUUCAAAGCAUUCGACAGCACAAAGAUGUUGUUAGUUGUGUUGCAGUUACUUCUGAUGGAAGUAUUUUAGCUACUGGAAGUUAUGACACUACGGUUAUGGUGCGAGAGGUUCUUCGUGUUAGAGCCCCAGAAAAGAAAGUUCUCCGUAAGGACUGUAUCAUUGCUGAAACUCCCUUACAUAUUCUUUCUGGUCACGACGAUAUAAUUACAUGCUUAUAUGUUAGUGUUGAGCUUGACAUAGUGAUUAGUGGGUCAAAUGAUGGAACUUGUGUUUUCCAUACCUUGCGAGAUGGAAGAUAUGUAAGAUCUUUGCAACAUCCAUCUGGAAGUGCUUUGUCAAAACUUGUAACUUCUCAGCAUGGAAGGAUUGUACUUUAUGCCGACGGUGAUCUCAGUUUACAUCUCUAUUCUAUUAAUGGAAAACAUCUUGCCUCUUCUGAGGCUAAUGGUCGCCUCAACUGUGUUGAACUCAGUGGAUGUGGCGAGUUUUUGGUUUGUGCUGGUGACCAAGGACAUAUUGUUGUUCGCACUAUGAACACACUUGAGGUUGUGAAACGAUAUAGUGGGGUUGGGAAGAUAAUAACAUCCCUAUCUGUGACUCCAGAAGAAUGCUUCUUGGCGGGGACAAAAGAUGGAAGUCUUCUUGUAUAUUCUAUAGAAAAUCCCCAACGCAAAGCUAUCAUUCCUCGGAAUCCAAAAACUAAAGUUGUGAUAUCCAACUAAGCAGUGAUUCAGUAUAGCAAUGGUUGUUUUGAAAAUUAAGGUCUACUUAGUAACAAUGAU